CUAGCGAUGAUAUAUUACACAAUAGAAGAGUAACAUGUAUUCUUUAAUGUUUCCACAUUUAUGGUUGAUGAAACAUCAAACUUUCUAAGUUAUAUUCAUUUUCGAAUUAAUCAAGAAUAUCAAACUAUAAGUUGUGUGUGUACUAUAUGGAUUAUAUGUGUUAAUAUUGUCACCUUUCUGAGAAGCAAAGACAGUGAAGACAUAACCUUACUCAUAAUCAGUCAUGGUACUUAACUUUAAUCUUUUUCAAAAAAUACAACAAAAAGAAAUAUUAUGAAGAAUUUAACAACAAAACAAUUACAAAGAAUAGAAAAAAAGAAAAAGAAGAUGGCUGCACUUCUGGAAAUAACUAAAUUAAAUGAUAAAGAUAGAGAAGCUAAAAUGCUUGCUCUUAAGAAAGCUUCUAUAGAAGCAGAUCAGUCAAAUACAAAUGAUACAGACAGCAGUCAAGUCUCCAUGGAAGAUAAUGUCACACGUAAACGUCCAUGUAAUGAAGAUUUAAAAGAAACUCUUUUGGAAGAUUCUACUAAAAAAGAAAAUGUAGGAGGUAUAGAAGAAUCAAAUACACUUGCUAACAAAAAGCCUAGAUUAAGUGGAGACGAGUAUCUAAAAUUGAAACAGGAAUUAAGAGAACGUAAAAAGAGACUUAAAAUAAUACCUCGAUUUCAUUUAAAAGUAGCUGGUGAAAGUGCUAGCUUAACUAUUAAUGCUAAAAGUGAAAACAGGAUUCCUAUUUUUCUUAGUGAUAUACAACAUUUAUUAUUGUAUUCAUUACAUGGUCAUCACUCACCCUAUGUGCCAGCAAGAUGGUGUCACCUUGAAAAAUAUAAUAGGGUCACACACACUGUGGUUCUUGUUGUUGAAGGGCUUUCCCUGUAUCAUUUUAUGGCUUAUGAAAGUAUGUUUCCACAUAUAACAUCAAAGUUGGAACAUAGAGUAGAAGUUGUAACACCUACAGCAUAUGGAGGGUCUGUAAUAGAGGAUCUUGCAGCUGUUCCCAUAACCGGGAUGCAAAGCGAUAAAUUACUUAAACAAUAUGGAUCAUUAGAGGCUGCAUUACAAAAUAACAGCGAUGUAAUAAAAUUAUUACUGACUGUUUUCCCAAUGCAUAGAGAUCCAUCAACAAAUGCGGAAAAGUUUAAAACAGAAUAUGGCCUCCCAAAGACUGAUAAAUUCCCCCGUACACUAUUACUUCUAUCUUUAUGUCAAAUGGUAGAAGAAAAUUAUCCUGUCCCAUUAAAGGGUGAACUAGCAAAAAAAUACGGAAAUUACAUAAUGACAAAGGAUGUUUAUGUAGAAGCUAAUGAAAGAUCUCCAAUGUUUGGUCUAGACUGUGAAAUGUGUAAAACAACUAUUGGAGAAUUGGAAUUAACGAGAAUAUCUCUCGUGGAUGAAAGUAUGAAUGUUAUUUAUGAUAGUCUGGUAAAACCAGAUAAUCGUAUCAUUGAUUAUCUUACUCAAUUCAGUGGUAUAACAAAAGAAAUGUUGGAAGGUGUCACAACUACGUUGUCUGAUGUUCAACAAACGUUACGAAAGUUACUUCCCGCAGAUGCAAUUCUAGUAGGACAAAGUUUAAAUUCUGAUCUUCAUACAUUAAAAAUGAUGCAUCCAUACAUUAUUGAUACAUCUGUUAUUUUCAAUAUUACUGGUGACAGAUAUCGGAAGACAAAGUUACAAAUUUUAGCAAGGGAAUUUCUUGGUGAAAGAAUACAAGAAAGUAGUUCUGGUCAUUGUUCAACUCAAGAUUCACAGGCUUCUAUGAAAUUAGUGCAAUUAAAAUUAGCAAAUAGUGUGGAUUAUGGAGAUGCUGUGUUACUUGGUCGUUGCAACAUGGAAAUAUUGAAAAUGAAACCAGAGAAAAGGACAGAUAAUCAGCAAUCAUUAAAAAUUGAAAUACGGAAGUAUGCUACAUCAAUUUUCAAACAUGUAACGAAGGAUCAAAAAACUGCUGCCAUUGUUGGUAAUGGAGAAGUUAUGAACGAAUAUUCUAGAUAUUUAACUUCUUCUAUCAACAUUAUGGAUGAUGAAAAUUUCGACAAAAACGAUCAAGUACGUCUUGUAGUGGCAGACAAUAAUAAACAAGCCGUCUUGCGAGCUACACAAAUAGUCAUGGAACAUGCCUUUACUUUAUGUCAUGUUAGGAUAGGACAAGAAAAAUUAAAAAGUGAUAAAAUAGAAAAGACGUUCCGCACUGUAAAUAAAUGGGUAUAUAAAUUAUGGCAGCAUAUGGCAGUGAAUGGUUUAGCAUGUGUUAUAUUUGCGGGAGAAAAUAAUGCAGCAAAUGGUGCUUGUUUUUUGAAUCUGAAGAGAGAAAUACCUGAAGAUUAUACAAUACGCACUUAAAAAUAAAAAAUUUUAUCAUUUGUAUACUAAUUUAAAAGGAAAUUAUUAAAGAACUAUCUUUCUAGUAAUAUGAAUUGUAAAGAAAUGUAUGACAAACUAGAAAAGUCUCGUACCGACUAAUUUCCAUUCGAUAAUUAUUUUAUAAAAAUGUACAAAUAUUGUAUUAUUAAUAAACUUUUUUAUUCCUUGUAAAUUUAAUAAAAGUCUUUAUAAUAUAUAUAAGCUCUAUUGGAUGUAGCACAUACAUUUACGAAAUGGACAAGAAAUUAAAGAGAAUAUCGAAUUUAA